CGACUGUGAGGAGAUGAAGGUGCUCCCUGCAUCUGGCCUCGCUGUCCUCCUCGUCACGGCUCUGAAGUUUUCCGCUGCAGCCCCCUCCCUAUUUGCAGCCACCCCCAGGACCUCAAGGAACAACUACCACCUCGCGCAGGCUUACCUUGACAAGUAUUACACAAAGAAAGGAGGACACCAGGUCGGUGAGAUGGUUGCAAAGGGAGGCAAUUCCAUGGUGAAGAAGAUUAAGGAGCUGCAGGCGUUCUUUGGCCUCCGAGUCACCGGGAAGUUAGACCGGACCACAAUGGAUGUGAUCAAGAGGCCUCGCUGCGGAGUUCCGGAUGUGGCCAACUACCGCCUCUUCCCAGGUGAACCCAAAUGGAAAAAAAAUACUUUGACAUACAGAAUAUCCAAAUACACACCUUCCAUGACUCCUGCAGAAGUGGACAAAGCAAUGGAGAUGGCCCUGCAGGCCUGGAGCAGCGCUGUCCCUUUGAGCUUUGUUAGAGUAAACGCGGGAGAAGCGGAUAUUAUGAUAUCCUUUGAAACUGGAGAUCACGGGGAUUCCUAUCCAUUCGAUGGGCCUCGAGGGACUCUAGCCCAUGCAUUUGCACCUGGAGAAGGCCUGGGAGGAGAUACACAUUUCGACAAUGCUGAGAAGUGGACUAUGGGAAUGAAUGGUUUCAAUUUAUUCACUGUUGCUGCUCACGAAUUUGGCCACGCACUGGGUCUGGCCCAUUCCACAGACCCAUCAGCACUGAUGUACCCAACUUACAAGUACCAGAAUCCCUAUGGAUUCCACCUCCCCAAGGAUGAUGUGAAAGGGAUCCAGGCACUGUACGGACCUCGGAAAACAUUCACAGGAAAGCCCACUGUGCCCCACGGCCCCCCUCACAAUCCAUCCCUCCCCGACAUCUGUGACUCCAGCUCAUCCUUUGAUGCCGUGACAAUGCUGGGAAAGGAGCUCUUGUUCUUCAGGGACCGGAUUUUCUGGCGUCGGCAGGUCCACUUGAUGUCAGGGAUCCGGCCCAGCACCAUCACCAGCUCCUUCCCCCAGCUUAUGUCCAAUGUGGAUGCAGCUUACGAAGUGGCUGACAGGGGCAUGGCUUACUUCUUUAAAGGACCCCACUACUGGAUAACAAGAGGAUUCCAAAUGCAAGGUCCUCCCCGGACUAUUUAUGACUUUGGGUUCCCAAGAUACGUGCAGCGAAUAGAUGCUGCCGUCCAUCUCAAGGAUACACAGAAGACCCUUUUCUUUGUGGGAGAUGAAUACUACAGCUAUGAUGAACGAAAAAGGAAAAUGGAUAAAGACUAUCCAAAGAAUACUGAAGAAGAAUUUUCAGGAGUUAAUGGCCAAAUAGAUGCUGCCGUGGAAUUAAACGGCUACAUUUACUUCUUUUCAGGACCCAAAGCAUACAAGUAUGACACAGAAAAGGAAGAUGUGGUUAGUGUGUUGAAAUCUAAUUCCUGGAUUGGUUGCUAAAUAGAAAAGUCUAGUCUUUCCAGAGAAAUGAAGAUGACUGCAAACAGCUGGUAAUGGGAUCUUAAGGACUAAAGCAGAACGCAGGUUAGGGAUUCUUCCCCUGACCUUCAAUUCUAAGGGUAAUUUAGAAUUCGAGGAAAAUAAUUAUGCUUCUAAACUAUUUCAUACUUGUGGAUUCAGAACUUUAAUCCAAAUGUAAAAUUCCUGUAUGGUCAACUGUACACAACAUCAGAAUUAGCACAAUGCAAUCUUCAGUUAGACAACCAUUUUUUUUUCUUACCUAAUAUACUGAGGCAAAUUGAUAAGUUUGGUUUUUAUUUCCAGGAAGAAACCCACUUGUGGAUUCCCUGACAUGUAUUAUAAAUUUUUUAAUAGGAAAUGGCAUUAGUAUACAAAUUAUAAUUAUUUGUUAUUUGUAUUAGCUUUUUCAGCUUAACAUUUGUUAUGAUAAAUAUACAUGUACCCCUCUUUAAACAUAUCACAAACAACAUACUGUAUGUUUUGUUUCUCAUUGUUUGUUUGUUUUUCUGACUCUAUGUGUUCACACUGGUCUUUGAAGUAGGUUAUAGUGGGCAAAUCUACUCAAAUGGGUUUUCAUACUAGGUAAGAGAAGGGCACUUUACAACAGGACAGCUUUUAACAAGCGCCAAUCAAAAUGUUGUAUAAGAACAGUUCCUCAUUUCUCUUUAGUUAGUAGCUUCUAUCACACUUUGGCAACAAAUUUUGUGUACCUAUAGAAAACUUAAAUAUUGAGAUAGUAUCGUAAAUAUGCAGACCCAGAAGAGAUCAUAGUAAUUUGCUCUAUUUCCUGCUUCCUGAAACUGAAAUACCUGCCACAUGACUCUAUUUAACCCAUCUAAGUGCAUCUCUUCUGAAUAGCUUUCCAUUCAGUUUGUCUUUUGUUUCAGUUUUUCUUUCUUCAAGCUAAACCCUUUCUUUCUACCGAGCCAUUAGUACAGAUGAAGUACAGUUGUCUGUAAUUCUUUUUUUUUUAAUCUUACCCUCUAGAAUGUAAGGAUUAUAGAACAUUUUAGUAGUUCUAAAAUUAGAUGACUAAAUACAUUUAACAUACUUCAGAGACUACCUGGAACAUCUAUAAUGUCCAACAGAUAUUAGCUAUAAUUAUUGCCAUCAUUUACUAAAUUAUUUCAUGCAUUCACUAAAAAGACUUAGUAUUAAGAAGGGCUGGAUCAGUUACUCCAGGUUACUCUAAUCUUUCCGCUUGGUUUCUGUUAUGAAAGUGGCUAUUUACAGCCAACCAGAGGUUGAAUCUUUGACUGCUGAAGACAAAAUCUGGUAUCCCUACUUUCCAAUGGCAACUGACUCUACAGAGUAAGAAAAAUCACUUUUUCAAAAACAGAGCUGAGGAGAACUUCUGAUUAUUCAUAAGCAAGGAGGGAAAACAGUCUGGCAUCUCCUAAAAAAGCUAAACACAGAGUUACCAUGAAAUGGUACUCUAGGUACAUACCUGUGAGAAAUGGAAAUACAUGUCCACACAAAAAAAAGUGCACACAAAUGUUCACAGCAGCAUUAUUCAUGAUUGCCAAAAAGUAUACACAGGUCUAUCAAAUGGUGAAUGGAUUUUUAAAAAUCUGGUAAAUUCAUAUGUGGGUAUAUUGUUUGGCAAUUUAAAAAAGGACUAAUACAUGCCACAAUACUGUUGAAGCUUCAAAACAUUAUGCUCAGUGAAAAAAGCCAAACACAAUAGACCGCAUAUUGUAUGGUUCCAUUUAUAUAAAAUGUUCAAAUCCAGAGAUACUGAGAGCUGAUUACUGCUUGUCAGGAGCUGCAACAAGGGGGAGUGAAUGUAUGGUAUGAGAAAGGUGAAUGGUGGCACAAAUCUGUGAAUAUACUGAAAGCCAUUAAAUUGUACACUUUAAACAGAAUUGUACGAUAUCUGAAUUAUAUCUCAAUAAACCUGUUAUAU